CUAAUUUAGGCACCAGCGCCUCAUCUUCUAUUAGUUCCCCAUCAAUCUCUCUCGCAAGUCAUAAAAAUUGCAUUGUCUUUCUUGACCGCUCUCCAUCGAUUGUCUUUCCUUAGCUUGAAAAGUUCCCAUAUUUGCUUGCAUACUGUUUAGUGUCUCAGAUUUCGUUCUCUUUCAUAUUGUAUCAUUAGCUUUGAUCAGUUGACACAAACUCUCUAACAAACAACUCUAGUUAUCAUCAUAUUUGUUUGCUUGGGCAUCAUCUUUACUGUGCUAUUCAUAACAAACGUUUGUUUGAUAGUAUUAUUGAGAUAUUAUCAUCAUGUUUCCCAACUGACAUCUCCUGUGCUCAAAGAAAACAGCUGCUUGUUGGAUCAAUAAAAGAACAGUUUUGAAGCCUUUGUUAGCGAGAAUACUACUGCUGCUACUUUAGUUCUUUCAAGCUAUUGAUCGAGCUCCUUUGUUCCAUACAUCAGAUUAGAGCAACCAAUAAUUAUCAUGAGGGGUCAAAAACAGAAUUUGCCCACUACAUUUACGAAGCUAUUCAAUGCCCAGUUGCAACUCGUCAAUGUCCUUUCUUUUUUCUUUUUAUUUGGCUGUGGUCUUGCCACUGGGGUCGUUCUUAGUUCCUAUCUCAAAAACGUAUCAUUCAAUCUACAUGUCAGCCAAUUCUCUGUUUCUACCACAACCACAACACCUGUUCCAUUGGCAACAUUACCAACAUUUAAGUUGCCACGCAUAGGCUUGAAAGAACAUUUGAAAGUGCCUGAUGUCAAGCAUGAUAUGGAUGAAAAGGAAUUGCUAUGGAGAGCUUCAAUGACUCCAAGGAUUCGUGAAUAUCCAUUCGAUAGAGUUCCUAAGGUUGCUUUUAUGUUUUUGACAAAAGGUCCAGUUUUGAUGGCUCCACUGUGGGAGAGAUUCUUCCAGGGGCAUGAGGGGCUGUACUCAAUUUAUGUGCACUCAAGUCCGUCUUACAAUGAAUCUGAACCAGAAAGUCCUGUCUUUCAUGGCAGAAGAAUUCCCAGUAAGGAUGUUCAGUGGGGGAAUACAAACAUAAUUGAAGCUGAAAGACGACUAUUAGCCAAUGCACUCCUUGACAUUUCUAACCAACGUUUUGUUCUCCUCUCAGAAUCAUGCAUUCCAAUCUUCGACUUCUCCACGGUCUACACUUACCUAAUGAACUCAACCAAAAAUCAUGUGGAGUCCUAUGUUUUAGACGGUCCAGUAGGUAAUGGCCGAUACAAUCCACGUAUGAGACCUGUGAUCAAAAUUGAACAAUGGAGAAAAGGCUCACAAUGGUUCGAAAUGGAUCGAGACCUUGCCAUUGAAGUUGUCUCAGACCAAGAAUACUUUCCCGUGUUCCAAAAGUACUGCAAGGGACAAUGUUACGCUGAUGAACACUAUUUACCAACAUUUGUGAGUAUGAAGCACUCGGAGAGGAACUCAAAUAGGAGUUUGACUUGGGUUGAUUGGUCGAGGGGUGGAGCUCAUCCUGCCAAGUUCUUAAGAAGAGAGGUGACCGUUGAGUUCCUGGAAAGGAUGAGGAGUGGCAGCAAAUGCGUGUAUAAUGGGAAUAGCACCAACACUUGUUUCCUGUUUGCAAGGAAAUUCUGGCCUACUGCUUUAGAACGGCUGUUAAGGUUUGCUCCCAAUGUCAUGCACUUCAACUCAUAGGUUUAUUGAAUGAUUUCACUCUUUAUUCAUUUGUAUAAAUGUUGCAUAUAUUCCCUCACAAGAGAUUAGACUUUAAAGCUCUUUGAUUCUCUGUUCUGUUAUGUUAAUAGGAUAUAAGCAUGGAAGUUCUUAAUUACUCUUCUUCCUUGAAUGUAUUUACAAGUACCCUACUUCAAU